UGUGGAUUUUAUAUACUUGUUAUUAUGAGAAGGAUGCCUGCGCUACAGGAAAUGCCAUCCUGUCUAACCCGGACAUAAGCAAUGUAUAACCUGGCAAAAUCAGUAGUCUAUUACUGCAAUCUUGUUUACAGUAUUUUUAAUGUUUAAAUUAAAACGGACACUUCUUAAUAAUUCAGUUGGCGACGGUAAUUUUUUGGGUUUUUAUAGAAGGUGUGCUGCAGGAGGGAGAUCAGCUAACAAAAUCGGAACAGAAAUGGAAGAAAAUGCACAACCACUGUUCACUUUUGGAGUUAUAGCAGAUAUACAGUAUGCUGAUAUCGAAGACGGCUUCAACUUUCUACAGACAAGGAAGAGAUAUUACAGAAACAGUAUCAGUUUAUUGAACAGUGCUACAGAGAAGUGGAAUGCGGAGCCAGUCCAACCCAGUUUUAUUCUACAGCUUGGUGAUAUUAUUGAUGGGUUUAAUAAACCACGCAAAACCUCAGAAAAGGCUCUUGAAACAGUAGUAAAUGGGUUUAGUAAAUGCAAAGCUAAAGCCCAUCAUGCCUGGGGCAACCAUGAAUUUUACAACUUCAGCAGGACUUACCUAAUGAACUCUGUUCUUAAUAGUAAACACUUGGAAAGCACUUCAGAGUUUCAAUCUUCUAAACAUGUUGAGGAAAAUAACCCAGAGCCAAGCUAUUCGUACCAUUUUAGCCCUGCUCCUAAUUUCCGGUUUGUGUUGCUUGACGCCUAUGACAUAAGCAUAAUAGGAAGAGGAGAACCAAGCAGGAAAUACUACCAGUCUCUUAAAUAUCUACGAGAACAUAACAAGAAUAAAAAUCUUAAUGUUCCCCCAGAACCUACAGGAAUGAAACAGCAGUUUGUCGAGUUCAAUGGAGGAUUCAGCAGAGAGCAGCUUGACUGGUUAAACGAUGUUCUGACCUUCGCAGAUAAUAACCAAGAAAAGGUCACAGUUAUGUGUCAUCUUCCCAUAUACCCAGCCUCUACAAGCCCCAUCUGUCUUGCAUGGAACUAUGAAGAGGCGCUUUCUGUCUUGCACUCCCACCAGUGUGUGGUGUGUUUCAUGGCAGGCCAUGAUCAUGACGGUGGUUACUGCGUGGAUGAGUGUGGAAUACAUCACCUUACAUUGGAAGGGGUGAUUGAAACGCCACCAGACAGCAAUGCAUUUGGUACAAUGUACGUAUAUGAGGACAGAAUGAUUUUAAAGGGAAACGGUAGAGUUAAAGACAGAGUACUACUGUACCCAUCAUUUUAACUUUCUGUAUGUUUGGUUCACCUGUGAAACACAGUACAAGGCUAUGUGAUGUCAAAUUCGUUUUUAGUCGAUAUUACUUUUUGUUUCAUUUUUUUAUUGUGUGUGUCAACUGACAAUGUUUUUUAUUUAUUAAAUUAUUUUUAGUUAAAGAACUGCACUGUGGUGUAUUCUUUAUUUACUUUGGCAACGUGCAAUGCUUUGAAAAACAAUUAAAUAUGCUGAUAUAUGUUAAACUCUUCACCACUGUUGAUUCCUAUACCGUAAAUAAAGAUUAUUUGGCUGAUCUAAAAAAUGUCUAUCGCGCAAUCAUAGUUCCACAAGUGCUUAGCUGAGCCACACUUGCUGUUGAGUUUUGAGCUUUGGCCCCUCAACAAUGGUAAUCUCCCUAUUGGUUAUGCAUAUGUAAUGCCUACCCUAAAUGGGUGCAGACACACAUCCUGUCUCAAUUAGGAACAUCAAACUCAUGUGUUAAUCACUUGUUAUCUUGGUUUGAAAUCUGUAUUUAAAUGCUUAACCGGUUGACCUAUUGAUGACUAUUGUCCAUUAUUGAUUGUAGUAGCACAUUCAUUGUGAAUAGCACUUAAAUGCUAUUGUAGUGCUGUAUGUUGCAGAUCAAAGGGAUAAUAUUUAUUACUGUUACGUCAUAAAGAAGCAUAAUAUAAGGAUUAACUUUAUUAGCUCAUGCAUUAUUGUAAGUACAGUAUACUGUAUUGUACUUGAUACAUAAUUGUGCUCAGGAAUUAUUACUAGUGUAUUAAGUGUUUAACAUAAAUAAAUAGAUCUUGUCAAAACUAUCAGUUUAUUAUUUAUUUUGCACUUGCGCAUUUGUUCUUUCAGUUGAUGUGGAAUUUACUAUUUUAUCUAAAAUGUUUGUCAUUCUAACUAAAUAAAAACUUGGUAUAGGUGUAAGAUA